GCAAAGCUCGCCCAUCGCUUCUUGGAGACUGCUUCAAUGCAGGCGCAGAGUCGGAGCAAAUAGCUGCGGUUGAGGAAAGGCUGAAGUUGGCUUUUCCUGCGCCGUUGCGGGCGCUCUUUGCGCUGGCAGACGGACAGAAGGAAGAGACACCAGGUCUGCUUAUGGUGCCAAAGAACAAAGCACUGCGAUUCAGCCCUCCGACCCGGAAGCUCGGCGUCGCGCCGCUGCCUUCAGCCGACUCUGACGGAGGAGAAAAGAAGGGCUGUGCGGGGCGCAG